AUGGGGUUGGGGGAUCUUCAGCUCCAGGAUGGGAGUGAAGAUGGGGUUGAGGGAGGUUCAGCUCUGUUUUUUUGCUCUAGGAUGGGUGGGGAUGGGGCUGGGGGAUCUUCAGCUCUAGGAUGGGUGGGGAUGGGAUUGGGGAUCUACAGCUUUGGAAUGGGGUUGGGGGAUCUUCAACUCUGGGAUGGGAGUGGGGAUGGGGUUUGGGGAGGCUCAACUCUGGGAUUGGAGUGGGGAUGGGUAGGCUCAGCUCUAGGAUGGGAGUGGGGAUGGGGUGGCUCAGCUCUAGGAUGGGAGUGGGGAUGGGGUGGCUCAACUCUGGGAUGGGAGUGGGGAUGGGGUGGCUCAACUCUGGGAUGGGAGUGGGGAUGGGGUUGGGGGAUCUUCAGCUCUAGGAUGGGAGUGAAGAUGGGGUUGGGGGAGGUUUAG